AAAACGAUGAUGAAUACUCGAGCAAAAUCCCCGACGCGAGCUGAAGCCAUCGCCAUUGCUCUGAGGCCACAGCCCUUCUACAGUAGUGGAGUUCUCAUAGGCAGCAACUGGGUAGAAGACAGAAUAGAAUGCCCCAAGCAAGGCACCUUCUACUUCCCACCUAAAGAAGAACCCGACUAUGAAAAGAUGAAGCCCGAAUCCCGAAUGCCUGAGCUUAGAUUAAAUAAACUUAACAGUUUGCGGGGCAACGUGGAAUCGGUAUACCUUCACGAUAGCCACGAGAACUGCGGCAACUUCACGACGACCAACGACCUCCUGUACAACCAUCAGCCGAAGCCUCUGUGCGGGCCCGUGCAGCGGUAUUACCGGCGCUGCAAGCACCAGUGGUACCCGCAACCGGAUAAUUUGAAGUGCUUCGGUAACAAGACCGAAUGGGGUCUAAAAAGGUACAAAGAGCACGAGUGGGCCUGCACGGACGUAUCUGAUUACGCGUCUUCGCUGUAUGAUGACACCUAUCUACCACCGCGACCUCAUCAAUACCUCCAGACGUGCGAGCGGAAGGCUAGGAAUUCGAACUUUACAAAAGGUUUCCGAUAUUUAAUGACAAAACCAUUGGCUAAACCAAAACAAAAAAAACAAUGAUAACAUCAAGAAUCAUUUCUUUCUCAUCUUAGAAAAUUACUAGUCUUUUAAAAUAUCA